AUCUGUGGUGCAGAGCUGGUGCAGUGGCGUGGUACAGUCGUAUUUGUAGAGGUGUUGACCAGCUUCCCCCCCCACAAAAACUUGAAAAGAUUCGUGCUAACAAUUUGUUGUUUCAACCCACAAAACAAGCAAGAUGAAUGCGAGCAAGGAACCCAACAAGGAGGAGAAAGGGAUUGCCAAUGGCCAAAAGGAGAAAGGGACUGCCAAUGGCCAACAGUUCUCGGUCCCUGUUGAUUUUCCAAACCACCCAGGUGGCCAGGACACCUUGAAUGCGGCUCGUGAUCACUCACACAAAGACUUUCUCUUUUUGACAUCCCACUUUGGAAGGGACCUUGAUGGACGCAUCACUCAGGCAGCCAAAAGCAGAGGGAUCACUCUCCCUCAACGAGGACCAGCCUACAAUGAAAUCCAUGCUGCUCUUUGCCGCAUUAUUCAAGAACACCCAGAACAAGUGAUGAUUUAUCGGGCUUGGUGUCUAUUCUUGACCGUCCUUUUUCCUACUUCCCUCAUUGCCUUCAUCAUGACAGGCAGUCAUGUAUGGGCAGUUACAUGGGGACUUGUCUUUGUGUCAUAUGGCUUCAACAUCUUUCACAUGCGCAAUCACCUGGGUGGCAAAGUCUAUGGUAUUGGCUGGUUGGAUCAACUGACAGAGCCAAUCUAUGACUUUAUGGAUCGCACCUAUGCUAUACGACCAGAAAAUUGGAGAAAAAAUCACAAUGAAGGUCAUCAUUUGGUCACCAAUGAUCCAAUCAGAGACCAUGACAUUUAUUCGACUGUUGGAGUAGGAUUUAGACUGCAUCCGGAUCUCCCUCACAGCCCAAUUCACCGUUUCCAACCACUCUAUAUUCCACUUCUACUAAUUCUCAAUGGCCUUACCUUUCCCUUUGACAAUAUCCUGAAACAUGGAGGACAUCCAGUGUACUUUAUGAUCUACUGGCUGACUAUGUUCAUUCUGCCAACCUAUUUCAAUGGCUUUGAUGCACUCAAAACAAUCCUUACAGUCAUUGUGGUUGCUGGAACACUCAAUUCAUAUAUCAUUCAAGUCACCCACAAUCACGGUGAUCUGGCGUCAUUUUGUGAUACUGCAAACAGACCCCUUGUGGACUCCAUGGGUCGUCCAAAGAACAUUGAUGACUUUAUGCAGUUGCAAAUGAAUGAAUCCAUGAAUUGGGGUGGGUAUUUCAGUUGCCUCUUGUUUGGUGGAAACAACUAUCAAAUUGAGCACCAUGUGGCCCCAAGUGUACCCUCUCCCCUGCUGUAUCACUACCUGUCUCCUGUUCUGCGUGAAAUGGCACAACGCCGUGGUUGGAGUUAUGUCUCUGAACCUGACUUUGCUAGUGCAGUGGCUACCUAUCACAAACACCUUUUCGAGAUGAGCUUGCCCCCAUCAAAAAAGUCGGAAUAAGCGGAGAAGAAUGAGGCGACCUCCCAAUAGGAGUGUGAGGAGGGGGAGCAUGGUGCACAAACGCGUAGUCAAUUUCAUGAAUAGAGCGUCCAAUUCAAAACCUUUUGGUCAUUAAAGCUAAGCUUGAUUGGCUAUCGCCAAAGCCUGACAAAGCGUUUGCUGAUAUGGACACUUUAUUGCCAAU